GAAACGAGCUCGACAUGCUGAAGCUCGGUCGCCGCGCGCUAACGUCGACCCCGCUGGUCUCGCGAUGGAGCUCCUCCUUCACGCGCAGCGACGGAACUCCCAUGUUCUCCAAAAUCCUCAUUGCUAACCGCGGCGAAAUCGCAUGCCGCGUUCAGCGCACAGCGAAGAAGCUUGGAGUCCGCACUGUCGCAGUGUACUCGGAUGCUGACGCAAAUGCACAACACGUGAAAAUGGCAGACGAAGCAUACCGAUUGGGACCUCCUCCUGCGGCUGAGAGUUACCUCCUCUUUGAUGAAAUUCUCCGUGUUGCCAAAGCAUCCGGUGCACAAGCAAUUCAUCCUGGGUACGGAUUCUUGUCCGAAAACGCCGAAUUUUGCAAGGCUUGUGCUGCCGCAGGCGUCGAAUUCAUCGGACCUCCAGUCGCUGCCAUCGAAGCCAUGGGUUCCAAGAGCGCGUCCAAGGACAUCAUGAUUGCCGCGGGGGUUCCUGUCACUCCUGGGUACCACGGCACCGAUCAAAGCUUCGAACGUAUUAAGGCGGAAUCCGCCAAGAUCGGUUACCCCGUCCUGUUGAAGGCCGUGUUGGGUGGCGGUGGCAAGGGUAUGCGUAUUGUCGACCGCGAAGAAGAUCUCAAGGACAACAUGGAGGCCUGUGUCCGCGAAGCCAAGGCGUCGUUUGCUAGCACCGACAUCCUUGUGGAGAAGUACCUCCGUCGUCCUCGCCACGUCGAACUUCAGAUUUUCGGUGACAAGCAUGGCAACGUUGUGCACUUGUUCGAACGCGACUGCAGUGUCCAGCGCCGCCAUCAAAAGGUGCUGGAAGAAGCCCCCGCCCCGCACAUGUCGGAAGCUCUCCGCAAGAAGAUGGGGGAUGCCGCCGUUGCCGCCGCCAAGGCUGUCGGAUAUGUCGGUGCCGGGACUGUCGAGUUCCUCCUGGACGAAGACGAGUCGUUCUACUUCAUGGAAAUGAACACGCGUCUCCAAGUCGAACACCCCGUCACUGAGUUCAUUACCCAGCAAGAUUUGGUCGAGCUCCAGCUCAAGGUUGCCGCUGGUCAAGCGCUGCCCGUGCGUCAGGAAGACCUCAAGAUCCACGGCCACGCGAUUGAAGCGCGAAUUUACGCCGAAAACCCUUACAACAACUUUCUCCCUGGCAGCGGGACUUUGCACCAUCUCCGCCUCCCGCCUCUUAGCGACAAAGUUCGAGUCGAUACGGGCAUCGUCCAGGGCGACGCUGUGUCCAUCUUUUACGAUCCCAUGAUCGCAAAGCUCGUCGUGCAUGCGUCCAACCGAAAAGAAGCGAUCGAAGGUCUCAUGCGUGCUUUGGGCCAGUACCAGAUCGUGGGAUUGCCCACCAACAUUGAGUUUGUGGCGCGCACUGCCGCUCACCCCGAGUUUAUGAAGGGCGGUGUUGAUACGAGCUUCCUCUUGAAACACGGCGACGACCUCUUGACUCCGUUUUCCAACCUGCCGUCCCAUGCUCCGAUUCUGACCGCUGUAUGGCUCGUGCUCAAGCAGCAACACCAAACGCAGCGCUUCGAAGCGACCGUGGCUGACGCCGGGUCGCCGUGGACGUCCCUCCAAAACUUCCGAUCCCUCGACACGUUCCAUCGCCACUUCACGCUGCUCCAUGACGACGCGCCCAUGGACAUGGACUUGGCAUCGACGUCGACCGAUGGCAAAUCGUACAUUGUCAACGGAACCACGGUCCAAGUGCACUCGGUGGACUUCACCACGGGCGACUUCAAGCUGACCGUCGGCAACGAAACGUUCACGGGGACGGCGGUCGUGUUGAAGCACGACGUCCACUUGUUCUGCAACGACGGGACGCUCGCGUACGAGUACAAGUUGCGUGUGCCCGAGCCGUCGUACGACAGCCAUGGCACGAGUGCGGGUGGGGCGGCAUCGUUGGUGACCCCAAUGCCUGGGAAAGUUAUCAAGGUGAUGGCCAAGGCUGGCGACACGAUCGUGGCGGACCAGCCGUUGUUGAUCAUGGAAGCGAUGAAGAUGGAGCAUGUGCUUCGAGCCCCCCGAGACGGGCAAGUCGCGGAAAUGAACUGCGAAGUUGGCGACUUCGUCUCGGACGGCCACGUCCUCGUUGAGAUGGCACCUGCCGCCAAGUAGACCAGACCUUCCAACGCAUCCAUCCCUUGGGGUGCCACCAAUUACAGUUUAUAAACUCUUCUCCAUACGAUGGGAUAUCCGUGUCAUAGAAGCAUG